AUGGCGCCUUCAACACAGUUCGCCGGCUUGGAAAGCAUCAUCAGCUCAAUCCCCACCACAGACACAUGGGGACCACCGACCACGACGGAGACUACUUUAAAUGGCGUUCCAUAUGCGCCCUUUUCCAAAGGCGACAAGCUGGGUCGCAUGGCAGACUGGACUUCUGGUAAGGAUGGCGAGCGUGGAGGCCGAAAUCAGUACCAGCCACGGUACAGGGAUCAGGUCUACGGCGCAGGUACUGGCUUGCAGACUGUUUUUAACAUCGAGGGCACGAACGAAGACAACACCUUCUCUUUGGUAGAUCGCUCGCAGGCUUCGUCAAGAGGCCGAGGUUUUGGCGGACGUGGAAGUGCUGUAUUCGGCCGAGGACGCGGUCAGAGAGGAGGACAGAACCAGCGUGGCGGGCGUGGCACAUUUCAGCGUGUUGGUGGCGGACGGGGAGGUCAGCAAGGCUACGAUCAGCGCGGUGGUCGCGGCGGUAGAGGAGGGCGCCGAUUCGGCUGGAAAGACUGGGACAAGCCACAGCGUAAUCGUGAGGCUUCUGUGCAGCCGAAGGAUACUUGGCGUAUGCUCGAGGAGAUCGACUUUAGCAGACUAUCCAAGCUCAACCUGGACACUGGUGAGGGCGAGGAUCUCGACGACUUUGGUUUCUUGUACAACUACGACCGUACUUACGACAAGCAACCCGGCGCUCCUACGUCCAUCCGCAAGCUGCAGGUCCUCGAUCGCGCUGCUUACAAUGUUUCUACAUCAUCGGAUCCCAUCAUCCAAGGUCUCGCCGAAAAGGAUGAAGCUACCGUGUUCGCGACUGAUAACAUUCUCUCCAUGCUCAUGUGUGCACCACGUAGUGUGUACAGCUGGGAUAUUGUGAUGUUGAAGGAGGGUGACAAGAUCUACAUCGACAAACGUGAUGGUAGCAGCUUAGACAUGGUCACAGUCAACGAGAAUGCUGCGGAGCCGCCUCUUGAGAUCAGCGAAGGCAACAAGGAUCAGAUGAACGCUCCUGGUGCGCUCAAGGAAGAGGCAACUCACAUCAACAAUGUCUUUCCGACACAAGUGGUCCUCGAAAGCGAGACGAGCAAGCACGACAUGAACAAUGAGCAUCCAUUCUACAACGCGUCUGAGGAGACCGAUCCGCCAGCCAGCAAGGCAUACAGAUAUCGCCGCUUCGAUUUAUCUCUCGAAGCUGACGCUGAGCCUCUGCACCUUAUCGUACGAACCGAGAUUGAUGCAGUAUCGAAGAACAACAUUUCUGGAGAAGACCAGAUGCUCGUAAUCAAGGCACUCAACGAGUUCGACAACAACGCGCAGGGUUCUGGAGGCGCGCUCAACUGGCGCAGCAAGCUUGCUUCACAGCGCGGUGCUGUCGUUGCUACCGAGAUGAAGAACAACAGCUGCAAGCUUGCGAGAUGGACAACGCAAGCCAUCUUGGCGAAAGCGGAUCUGAUGAAGCUUGGUUUCGUGUCUCGUUCCAACCCCAAGAGCACAGCAGAGCAUGUCGUUCUUGGUGUGUUGGGCUACAAGCCGCGUGAGUUCGCCGCUCAGAUGAACCUCAAUCUGAACAAUGGUUGGGCUAUUGUCCGCACCUUUGUCGACAUGGUUAUGAAGGAGGACGACGGCAAGUACGUGCUUGUCAAGGAUCCGAACAAGCCCACCAUUCGCCUGUAUAACGUGCCGCGCGAUACUUUCGAAGAAGACGAGGAUGGCACGGAGCAGAUGGCACCGGUGCAAGAAGACGGCGACGACGAGUAA